AUGUCAGAUCAACGCAUUGAACGGCGUUUCGCAUUGCGAUCGACGAAAGUGUUUGCGAAACGUAAAGCCAGUGUCCGUUCCGUUAAGCUGUCCGUCGGUGUCGACCACACGUCACACAACACAACCGAUAUUUAUGGUAAACGUAUUCAUCGGUUGGACAACCGGUUGACACAAAUAACGGCCAGAACUUCGAGUUUCGGCAAAAACUUGGUUUCGGUCCCAAAAAGAGCGGAUUUACCGCUUCCAUUUAUCGGGCGAUCGCGCCGUCGGUUCGGCGCCGAAGAGCCGGCCGUUGAGUGUCGGCUCUCAACGCCUACUGUCGACCAAAAUGUCAUUUUGUUGUCUCUCUUUUGCAGUCUUGUCAUCGCUUUGUCUGCUAUUUGUCUCAAUCGAUCGGUUCCGUCGCCUAAAGAAGCGCUUAUGGACGAAGAGGUGGUCGCCGUUCAUAUGAUGGAGUCGUCUGACGGCACUUAUAUGACGGCACAAGUGGUGCCCGAAGACGAGUUCCAACCCAACGACGACAAUGAGAUGAUCGCCGCCAACGACGGCGACGAACCGGAAGACAAUGGCGACGACGGAGAGGGCGACGAAGACUACGAGCCGCUCAAGAGUGAGGACCAGACGGCCGGCGAUGAGGACGCGGCCAACUCGGAGGCGGACGACAUUAUCAUCGCCGAGGCUGUUGUGGUCACUCACUAUAGCUGUAAGUUCUGUAACCGACGGUUCGACUCCAUCGAGAAGGUGAAGAACCACUACCUCUUGAGACACAAUAAGGACCAGUCGAUUGUGAAGCGCUUCUCGGGCGCCGGCGGUGCUGGCGGUCAGCGAACCAUCAAAACCGAGUCCACAGCCGAUGAGAGCAAUGGCGAAGAGGAGGAGAACAACGACAUCGAAGACUCGCCGCAGAACUCGCCGAAGAAGCGCAAAGUGAAGAGGAAGGGCGCGAACGCCGGCAAAGGCAAAGCCGUUCAUAAUCUGAGAGUUGUGUCCAAUAUUACGGCCGCAGACGACGCCCUUCUCAAGAAGAAAAGGGGCCGAAAGCCGACGGGUGUGACGCGGAAGUACCCGUGCGAUUGGCCCUCUUGUAAUUACGUGGCCCGACAUUCGGUUCAUCUUAAAGACCAUAAGCGGACGCAUACGGGAGAAAAGCCCUAUCGAUGCAAUUGGCCCGACUGUGGCCACAGUUUUGUUCAGGGAUCAGCUCUUAAA